AUGCCGGAUUGGGGAUCAGAAAUGACCAAAAAUGUUGGUUUUGGAACUAGAAAAGCUGAUUUCGGGACUAGAAAUGCUAAUUUCGGGACCAGAAAGGCUGGUUUUGAGACUAGAAAAGCUGGUUUCGGGACUAGAAAAGCUGGUUUCGAGACCAAAAGAGCUAGUUUCAGGACCAGAAAAGCUGGUUUUGGGACCAGAAAUACUAGUUUCGGAACCAAAAAUGCUGGUUUCGGUACUAGAAAGGCUAUUUCGGGACUAAAAGAGCUAGUUUCGGGACUAGAAAUGGUGGUUUUUGGGACUAGAAAAUGUAAUUUCGGGACUAGAAAAGCUGGUUUCGGGAUUAGAAAAUGUGAUUUUAGGACCAAAAAUGUUGUUUUCGAGACUAGAAAAGCUGAUUUCAGGACUAGAAAUACUAGUUUCGGGACUAGAAAAGCUAAUUUCGGGACUAGAAAUGCUGGUUUCGGGACUAGAAAAGCUGCUGGUUUCGGAACCAGAAAUACUGGUUUCGAAACUAGAAAUACUGGUUUUGGGACCAGAAAUGCUGGUUUCGGGACUAGAAAAACUAGUUUCGAGACUAGAAAAGCUGAUUUCGGGACUAGAAAUACUGGUUUUUGGACCAUAAAAGCUGGUUUUGGGACCAUAAAAGGUGGUUUUGGGACCAGAAAUGCUGGUUUCGAGAUUAGAAAAGCUAGUUUCUGGACCAGAAAAGCUGGUUUCGGGACCAAAAAUGGCUCUUUUUUACAACCCUAA